AUGCUGCAUCUCAAUGCCUUAUCAAACCCGCAAAGACAACAGAUAAGGAAUGCUUUCACUUUGCUAGACGGUGAGUCCAAAGACUCUCUAAUAACUAAAGACGAUUUGAAAAAGAUGUACACAAAUCUCGGGAUCAAACAGCCAUCAGAGAAGGAGAUUGAAAGCAUGUUUACAAUUGACAACGUGUCACACUCCGAGAAAGGAAUAUCAUUUACGCAAUUUCUGAAUAUCCUUGCAAAAGAACUUCUGUUGAUUGAUGAUAGAUCGUCGAUAUACGAAGCUUUGCAAGUGUUUCUGGCCAAGGGUGAUCACAAAUCGUUCAAAGACGAAUUACAAAUUGACCUUGAAGAGUUGAAAGAUGCCUGCUGUUCAGUACGAAUGAAUGAUGGAAACCGUCUAUCCCGUUCCUCAUUUGACGAAUUAGUGAAGGGGUUUGUUCUGCAAACCGUAGACGGUAAGAAAGUGUUCCUAGCAUCGAAGUGGAUGUCUGCGUAUAUUGAUUAA